CAGCGCAUCAGUCCAUCGCUGCUGCCUCCUCCAGCAGCAGCAGCAGCAGCUCCAGUCCCACUUUAAGGCAGCAGCCGCGCGCUGAACAGACCUGGACAGAUCCAAACUUUAACUUCCAGCUCGUGUCUCUGCCGCCUGCUCGACCUGCAGCUCUUCUCCUCCCCGCCCCGCUCCCACCCCGCUGAGCUCCGCGUGAACAGCUCCAUUGGCAGCGGACGCAUGGAGAUCUAAUUUUGCGCUCAAGUCUGUGGAGGCUGUUGUUGUUUUUGGGCUGUUGCUCUCGUUUUGCGGUUCCCUCGGUUGUAUGGUCUGCUCAUGCGUCGGGAAUGCCAUGGCCACUCCGAGCGCACAGCAGCAGCACCAGGAUUAUUUCAGAUCGGUUAGCAGCGAGUCCACCACCUACAUGAUGGUCCCGGCCGGCGGGCCGAGCGGGACGAGGCGCCGGGAAGCGCCGUCCAAGAUGUGGGUGGCGAUGGUGGUCAUAGUCGUGGUGGUGCUCCAGAUAGCCUCCACCACGGGGCUCUUCCUCUACCUGAACAUGUCCAUAUCGCAGGUGCGUAGCCAGGGGGUCACAGAGGAGCUGAAGUGCCUGAGUUUACUGAAUGCUCUGGAUAAGGACCAGGACAUCCCCGAUCAGCUGGCCCAGCUCUUCGGGGAGCCCUGCAUCAAACUGGCCGAAGGCAUCAAAGCAUAUAUCUCCAAGGUGACAGAGAACAUCAUCUCUAAACAAACCUUCAUAGAGGCGAGAACCAUGCCUCGCUCGUUCAACAACUCAGGGUCAAAGUUCAUGACCUCGGUGACCCAGAGGCCAUCUGCUCACUUGACCCUCAGAGACACCAGCUCUCAAGGGUUCUCUCCCUACCCGAUCCCCACGCCAGGUCUCCACCAGUCCUGUCGCCAUGUGGUCCGCACGUGGGCCAAUCAGAGCUUCGGAGCUCACCUGCACAACAUGACCCUGUCCAAUGGGAAACUCCGAGUGCCUCAGGAUGGGCGGUACUACCUGUACUCACAGGUGUAUUUUCGUUAUCCGUCCCCAGCAGCCAGUGACGGAGACCAGCGCAGCGUCAGCCACCAGCUGGUGCAGUGCGUCUACAAGAAAACCUCCUACCCCAGCCCCAUACAGCUCCUGAAGGGGGUGGGGACAAAGUGCUGGGCUCCAGACGCCGAGUACGCCCUGCACUCCGUCUACCAGGGAGGACUGUUUGAGCUGAGGGCCGGCGACGAGCUCUUCGUCUCCGUCUCGUCCCCGACCAUGGUCAACGCGGACGACUCCUCCAGCUACUUUGGCGCCUUCCGCCUGGACCUCUGAGAGGAAAGGAUGGAGGAAGAAAGAAAAGAACAGAUGAAUAAAUGGGUGGGCUGGAGACAAUGAGUUAGGGGCCAUCUGAAUAUCCGUUGAUUGAAAGAAAAAAAUUGUCAUUUAGGCAGAGCUGUAGGAUGUUGGCCUGGAUCUUGGAUCCUCAAAGUUUGCUUGGAUGGAUACACUGAAGGAUGGAAGGAUUGGGGUUUCAAGGCUUCGCCUGAGUGAAAGGGAAAAGAAAGUUUUCCUUACUCUCCGUUAAGCACAAACUUAACCGCCGAGAGCAAGAUGUACAAAGACACACGUGCAAUCAAGCGAAAAAUAAAUGUGAGGAUAUCGAUUUUCUGUUGAUUCUUGGGAAUAGCAAAUUGCCUUUUGGAUGUCAAAAAACGAAGUUAACCACAGAAAAACAUUUAAAACCUUCCUGUCAGAUGAGACUUACCCAUGGAAUUAGGCCACCCUGCACCCACAAAUACCACAUGAAUCUCAGUAUAUUUCGAACGACAGUAGCCUUUUUGUGGGAAGCAAUGGGACCCCUUGGAUUUGGAUUCAAGACCGAAGAAUGUAGACGAUAAAAACUCAAAUCCUUUGCAUCCGAGAUGUGAGGAAGGACUGUGGAAUGGUAGCAGAAGAAAGUCAAAUGAUCAAACCAAAGCAAAAGAAAUUUGUGGAAUAAACUUUUCUUUUUCUUUUUAAGCGUGCCAUGAGAGUACUGUACAUAUGAAUGGCUGAGAAUGAGAUUUAGACAUUGAACCGUGGUGAUUUAAAAAAAUUAUUCAUAUGUAUUUUACCUUGACUGGACUUAAAACCACUUGGAGUUUGCUGAGGACUAUUUACAACACUAGAUCUGUGGAUUUUAUGCAAAGACAUUUUUAGGAUGAUAAGGAUUGUUUCUUUGUACUGGAUACAGUAAUAAGACUGUGAGACUGUGAGCAACAUAUAGUGCCUUUUGCGAGGAGGAAUGAAAACAGAGAGGAAGAGGCAGAAAUCUUGUAAAAGGCCAAUAAGAAUGAGCUCAUGCAGAAGAAGAUAAAAGGAAAGAGAGAAAGAGGCUGGUAUGCAACCCAACCAGUCUGUGUUGUUGAUGACUCCCUCGCAAUCUCUUUUUCCUUUCUUGUAAAGAAUUUUAAAUAUCUUGUCUACCCUGUGAA